GAGGGCCCUCCCGCGGUUGGGCGCAGUUCUUUUGUGCGCGGGACGGGCCGGCGGCCUGCUUCGGGCCCCCCGCCCCCCCUUGGCCGCCCCCUCCCGGCAAGCCAAGGAAGCCGCCCCGCGCGCCCGGCCUGCGCCCCUCCCGUGAAGAGCCAGGGGGGCGCUUCGGAGGGAGGGUGGCGCGAAGUAUGUUGUCGGCCAGGCUCCGGCGCCUUCACCUUUUCAUCAAAUCCCCUUUCUCACUCUGGGGUGUUGCCUUCAGUGGCCGGCGCGACCGUGCAAGGCUGCUCGGGCUCGCCGCUGUCUGGUUGUAUUGCCUCGCCCGCUGCUACGCAGCGCACUGUGGAGAUGGCAUGGGUGCUCCUCAGAGUUGGGUCUUUGGCAGCUGGCGCCAACGGCCUCUGCGGUGGUUUGUUUGUUUCGGUGCUGGGCCCUGCAGGGGUGUUGUCGCGAUUUAUUUCCAAUUACAUCUGCUGCAGAGCAGUGCGUGGAGUUCGAUGUAGUGGGGACAGGCGUUGGUAG